AAUAUCUAGAAGUAACGAACGUGUGUUUAACAUUUUAAACAAGUGCUCUUUCGAAAAAGAACCCAAAAUCAGUAGUUCAACAUUGCUAUUUAUUUAUAUUAUUCACAAUAAAAUAUGUCAUACAGUCAACAAAGCGAUCUACCACCCAAACUACAAGAAGCCAUAGAUAAAAUUAUUCAAAAUGAAAAUUUCAAAUCUUAUCACAUUGAAGUAAAGCAACUUGAAAUAGAUAAUAGCUUCGUCGGUUCAUAUAGAGAAAUAAAUAUCAGCGGAGAAAGUAAAAAUGGCAAUAAAGAAUUACAGUUAUUCACAAAAACCAACCUUGAUGACAAGAUUAAUAACGUAGACAUGGUAGCUAACGUAUCGAAUUUAUAUAAAAUAGAGGCGUUUAUGUAUUCUGAAUUCAAUAAAACAAUAAAUGAAGUACAAGAAGAAGCCAACAUACCCUUCGAAGAGAGAUAUGUACUUGCUAAAAGUUACGUUAGCAGUGAUGAAAAUACUAUUAUAAUGGAAAACUUGGCAGCCAAAGGGUUCACAAUGUAUCCGCAUCAACGAGUGAUAACACUGAAGUUCGCAGAGUUAGCAAUACAAAGUUUAGCCAAGUUCCACAGCUUUGCCUUCAUACUUAAGGAAAGGCGUCCACUUUUUUAUGAGAACAAAGUUAAAAACAUGAAACAGCCUUUACUUUAUGGCACAAACAGUUUUAAUGAAUUGGUUCAGAAAUGCAGCCAAUACACCAUUGAUAACUUAAAUCCAGAACAUAAAAAGAAGAUGGAAAUAUUCUUGCCGACGAUUUUAGAGAAAUUUCAAAAAUACACUGCAGACCCAGCGGACGUUUGGUGUCUUGUGCAUGGAGAUUUUAAAUCUGGUAAUAUAAUGGCACAAUUCAAAAAUGGCGAACCGUGUGAAGUGAGAGUCGUUGACUAUCAAUUUUCGUUUUACGGCUGUUCUAUCAUUGAAUUAUUUAAUUUUAUAUUCACUGGCACCGAUCAAGAAUUCAGGAAGAACCAUUUGGAAUACCUCAAGAAUUUCUAUUACAAAUCUAUGGAGGAAUUCUUGAAACUUUUCAAUAUGGACGUUGAGGAUUACUAUCCAAGAGCUGAAUUUGAAAGGCUUUAUAAAGAGAGACUGGAUUAUGGACUGAUGAUAGCUCUGUUCUUUCUGCCAAUAAUUCUGGCCAAGAAAAAUGAAAACUCUGUUGCCGAUAUCUUAGAUUCUCCUUCUAACGCCCCCGUAAUGAGUGACUUCAUACGAAAUAGGAUAAGUGGUAUUGUGGAAGAUUUUAUUCAAUGGGGAUACAUAUGAGAUAGUCACUUUAAUUAUUAUCUAUGUAUUUUUAAGUUUUCUGAUUUUAAUUCAUGACUUUUCAAUUCUUCUUCUUGUCAUAUCGACAACAAACCUACACAAUGUCAGCCCAACACUCGGCCACAUGAGUGGCGUUGUCAGUAGCUUUCAUUAAAUCUUCCUGCGUGCAGUUAUUUUUCUUUUCAAUUUUGGAGUGAUGGAGUAGGUAAAUCCUAAAACAAAAAGUUGUUUAACUUAUUAAGUAUUUCUUAAAUAGCUACAAAUGGUGAUAAAACCAGUUCGUUGUAGUAAAGUGGUAAUCAUUUUAUUUUAGAGUUACUUUAAAGUUUGAAAAACUUAAUCAAAUAAAGAUUUUGUG